AGAGUGUGAUGGGGUGUCCUGUUGGUGUGGCAGGAAUGCCUGUGUUGGCCUGUCAGGCUGUGAACAUCGGCUGGAUUUCCACUGUGGGGGAACAGGCUGAAAACCACAGGCUUGAAGAUUCACCUUUAUGAGAGCAAUGUAUCUCACGCCUCUAGAAAUUAGAUCAGAUCGUUUGGAUGCUGGAGAGCAGAUUGCCUUCUCCACGUUCCCAUCUUCACCCGGAAGGUAAAACUUACAGCACAGGUGGCCUCUGACCAAACCGAAGAAUCAUUACAACCUGACCCUCUUACGAGAGUGACUUUACAAGAUAAGAAGUAUUCUUUGAGGCAUUGAAAGGAUUGCAAAAAGGAGGAAACCUUGCAGAAACAUGAAGCCGUCAACCAUCUGGAACUGAGAAACUCACUCCAGGCUGACUGCGGCUUCUAGAACGUCCAGGUGUUCUGCAGAUGGGAGAAUCGAUCCUGCACUCACCAGCUGGAGUCCCGAACACAGACGCACGGCUCCAGCUCCAGCGCUGACAUCCCCGAGUCCAGACGGGUCCUUUGCUAAGUGGCCAAAGAGCCGUUGUUGACACUGAGGGCUGACGGUCGCGCACACAGCCGGUCCCUCCCUCGGAGCUGCAGGGAGACAAACCACAUUCAGGGUUGCAAGUUUCCUGACUCUCUUGAAUGAGGAUUCCAAGUGGGGGACUCAUUUCUGUAAGCCCACCACCCUUCUAGGGACCACCCCGAACGGGACCACCACCACCGGUAUCUUCUUGCCAACUCUCUGCCCUGAACGGGAGCAGGAGGAAGCUCUCGGAAAAAUCUCUAGCUGUGGCCCACGGUCACUCCAGACAACUAUUACCCUCCUGUCACCCCACCAUGGGCUGGCUUUUUCUAAAGGUUCUGCUUGUGGGGGUGACUUUCUUGGGAGGCCUGUAUCCAUUUGUAGAUUUUUCCUACAAUGGGAACACAAGAGGCCAGAAGCCGAAUUUCGUGAUCAUUUUGGCAGAUGACAUGGGGUGGGGGGACCUGGGGGCGAACUGGGCAGAAACAAAGGACACUGUCCACCUGGAUCGGAUGGCUGCUGAAGGAAUGAGGUUUGUGGAUUUCCACGCAGCUGCUUCCACCUGCUCGCCCUCUCGGGCCUCCCUGCUCACCGGCCGGCUUGGCCUCCGCAACGGAGUCACGCACAACUUUGCGGUCACCUCUGUGGGGGGUCUGCCGCUCAACGAGACCACCUUGGCGGAGGUGCUGCAGCAAGCUGGCUACGUCACUGGAAUGAUAGGUUUUGAUUACUACUUUGGAAUCCCAUACAGCCAUGAUAUGGGCUGCACGGACACCCCGGGCUAUAACCACCCUCCUUGUCCAGCGUGUCCACGGGACGAUAGACCAGCAAGAAACCUUGAGAGGGACUGUUACACCGAUGUGGCCCUUCCUCUCUAUGAAAACCUCAACAUCGUGGAGCAGCCCGUGAACCUGAGCAGCCUGGCGCAAAAGUAUGCCGAGAAAGCUACCCAGUUCAUCCAGCAUGCAAGCGCCAGCGGAAGGCCCUUCCUGCUGUACAUGGGCCUGUCCCAUAUGCACGUGCCCUUAUCCAGAACGCAGCUCUCAGCAGACUCACAAGGCCAGAGGCCAUACGGCGCCAGUCUCCGGGAGAUGGACAGCCUGGUGGGCCAGAUCAAGGACAAAGUUGACCACACAGCGAAAGAAAACACAUUCCUCUGGUUUACAGGAGACAACGGCCCGUGGGCGCAGAAGUGUGAGCUGGCAGGUAGCGUGGGUCCCUUCACUGGAUCGUGGCAAGUUCAUCAAGGGGGAAGUCCGGCCAAGCAGACCACCUGGGAAGGAGGACACCGGGUCCCCGCUCUGGCUUACUGGCCCAGAACAGUCCCGGCCAAUGUUACCAGCACCGCCUUGUUAAGUGUGCUGGACAUCUUCCCCACCGUGGUAGCUCUGGCCGGGGCCAGCCUGCCCAAGGACCGGCACUUUGAUGGUUUGGAUGCCUCCGAGGUGCUCUUUGGCUGGUUGCAGACUGGGCACAGGGUACUUUUCCAUCCUAACAGUGGGGCAGCUGGAGAGUAUGGAGCCCUUCAGACGGUCCGCCUGGGGCGCUACAAGGCCUUCUACAUCAGCGGUGGAGCCAGAGCCUGUGAUGGGGCCGUGGGGCCUGCGCAGCAUCACGAGCCGCCUCUGAUCUUUAACCUGGAAGACGAUGCUGGGGAAGCUGUGCCUCUAGACAGAGACGGUGCCGAAUACCAGGGCGUACUGCCCGUGGUCAGGGAGGUCCUCGCCGAUGUCCUCCUAGACAUUGCUGGUGACAACACCUCCAGAGCAGAUUACACUCAUGAUCCUUCUGUGACCCCCUGCUGCAGUCCCCACCACGUCGCCUGCCGUUGCCAGAGUCCCAGAGCAUCCGCCAGACCGAUUUCCCCCCAGGCAGAAGGUGUUAGGAAGCGAGGGCAAGUCCCAGCUCCAGCUCCAGAUGCUGUAAAACUAAGUCUCUGACUAUUGUCCUGAAGCCACUGUGUUGUGCCCCCGGCAGCCCCUCCCGCGUGUGGUGGUCGAGCCAAGAGCAUUCGGACUUCGGAGCUAGAUCUGGGUCAAGCCCUGGCUGUGAUUCUUUGAAUCUGAGGAUGAAAGAAGGCGAUUUAGGAAAAUGCUGGCCACGUGCCCUGACACAGCACUUACUGUAUUUCAGUUUCCUUUCUCUGCGCCCAGUUUGGCUGGUCGCUUUAGCAUAGGUUCAUCCCAGCUGGGAUGGAGGACACUGCUUCUCCAUCUUUAAUAUGCAUCCCUGUCAGCUGGGAGCUUGCAGAAGUGCAGACUCUGAUCUGUGGGUCUGGGGGUGGAGACCUGAGUAGCACCGACGCAGACUAGGACCGAGUUAGAGGUUUCCGGGUCUCAGCACAGAAGAACCCACAGAAAUCCAUGGCUCUGCUCGCCUCCCUCCUCCCGCUUUUAAAGAUCGGAGGACUGUAUUCUAAAGAUUUUAGGCAUCCUUCCUGCUUCCUAAAACCAGGAAGAAAUAAAAGUUGAAAACCUCAAAAAUGAAUUGCCAUGAUUUUAUUAUUAGUGUCCUAAAUGGGACUCAAAAGGUAAUAAAUGAUUUAUUGCAAUCACUGCAAAAAUACUUUGCCUGGCAGAAAACAGUCUCUCUAUGUACGUAAUAUACAAGAAAUACAAUUCAAAGAGAUUUUCCUAUAAGUACAUUUUUACAUGGCAUACAUUUAAAAGAAUGCCCUUCAUCAUAUAAGUUCCGGUUAUAGACCAAUAUGGUUGGUUAACAUUGACACUAUGGCUGUAACAUAAUAUUUCGGAUAGCAAGAUGUGUCUAUAGUGUCUCUCGUAUCCACUGGCAACCAGGGCAGAGGAGAGCUCGGAGAGCCAUGAACCAUGUCCUGUGGCUUAAGCAGGCAGCCCCUGCCCCCCUUUCUGCACACACAACUGUACUCCAUUCUUCCACCUUCCUUGUUUUCUCCAAAACCACCUGACAGGGGGGUGUCCUGAUUUCUGAGGUGCGCUUCUCAUCAAGACUGCUUCGUUUUGCCCUUCUGACUUCCACGGCACAAGAUUAUCUACCAAAAUCAAAACAGAAUGGCCUUACUCUUUCCAGGAAGAGGUGGUUAGGCAGGCUGCAUUAUUAACAGAUCUGAGCCCACACGGGGUCAGCAGGGGGAGGCUGGGCACUGUGGAGAUUUUCCACAUGUCCACGGACUGGCCGUCACUCGCGGCCAGAGAAAAUCCACCCAUCUUAGGUGUAGACGAGUGUGGCACAGUUUCCAAAAAAAUACUGUGUAUAAAAUGUGUGUACAUGUGUGGGUAUUUAUAUGUAUAUGCAUUUUUUUAAAGGCUCAUUUUGUAAACACAGACUGCUAAGUCACUACUAAAAAGUCGGUAAAUACCCUUGGUCCCAAUUCUCUUACUCCUGCUCACGAGAGUAAGACUAGUUGGAGAGAAUACACAGACUUGUAAAGGUUGAUGUGUUCUUACAACAAAAACAGCUUCCCAAAUGUGGCACCUUUCUACAGUACCUGAAAUGAUCGGUUCUCUUAAUUGUUUAUGGAGCAGAGUAAAUCUCAAGGAGAUAAGAGUGAUCAGAUCCAGGGACAUGUGAGUAUAUUUUAAAACACACACACACACACACA